AUGUCUCCAGACGGACUGCGCAUCCGCCUCGCCUGCGCCGCCUGCACCCGCCGCAAGGUCAAGUGCUCCAAGACGGUGCCCUGCACCAACUGUGUCCGGAGGUGCGCCACCAGCAGUCCCGUAAUCUCGGACGAAGUCGACGGAUUGAAACUCAGAAUCAUGGAGCUCGAGGCUAAGCUCCGAUACACCUCGCCCAUAUCUCAGCCUUCACCGUCCGGCCGGACCGCGGUACCGCCGGCGGAAGAGGAAGUCGACGACGACGGCGGCGACGACCAUGAUGGCGACGACCGUGAUGGCGACGACAAUGAUGGCGACGACCCCCGAGACGACGACCCGCGCCGUGACUCGGUCGCCGAGGAUGCCGCCUCCAUACUCGAGUUCCUGGCGUGGGGACGGAGGAAGAACCCCGAGAGCGUGUGCCGCCCCGCGACGUCACCCGAGGCCGUCUCCAGGGAUAUCCCCAUGCACCCGGAAUUCGCAGACACGUCCGCCGCCGCCGAGCAUGAGCACGGCCACAUCCCGUCCACCGCGGUCCUGCAGCUCCUCCUGCCCGACCAGCGACGGGUGUGGCAGCUGGUGGACUGGCACUCGCGCUGCCUCCUGUGGUACCACUGCUCGUACUACGCGCCCACGCUCCGACGGCAGCUCUCGGCUUUCUACUCGCAGCACGGCGGCCGCGUGUCGGACCCGGGGGUGGACCUGCAGUGGGUAGCGUUCCUGUUCGCCGUGCUGGCGGGGACCAUGGCCUGCGUGCCCGGCGCGACGGCCUCGCUCUGGGGCUACCGCGACGCCGAGAGGGAGACGCUGUCGACGAGGUGGCUCCAGGCCAGCAUCGGCUGCCUGGAGCGCGCCGACUACGCGGCCAACCACUCGAUCCUGUCGGUCCAGGCCAUCGCCACGCUGACCGUGUCGGCCCACAUGCUGGGCUUCUCCAACCAGCAGUCCAUCUACCUCGCCGCCGCAGACUGGUUCAACCUCCCCUUCUCGGAGACGUACCUGAUCAACCCGCUAUACUCUCGGACCGAGAUGCCCUGGAACUGCCAUGACCACGACCACGGCGACGACGACAUUGCUGAGCCAUCUGUGACGCGGCUGGACGAGAGCAUCCCGACGGUGACGAGCUUCUCCCGGUUCCGGUGCUCCAUCGCCGCCAUCCUCCCCCGUCUGCAGGACGACCUGGAGUCGUGCAACACCCCCUUCACGCGGUACGAGCAGAUCGUCAAGUACGACAGACAGCUGCGGACUCUCGCGACGGCGGGGCGGCCGCCCUUCCUCUCCAACGGGCCCAUGCGCGCCGACUGGCCCGCAUGGGUGCCCUGGGCGCGGCGGGCCCUGGCCAUAUCGUCGUCGCACAAGAUCAUCAUGAUCCACCGCUCCUUCCUGUCCGAGAGCUUCACCAACCCGGCCUUCGCCUUCACGCGGCGCACGUGCCUGGCCGCCGCCAAGACGAUCAUCAAGGAGUACAAGUGCGUCGUCGACGAGGGCGGAGACGGGGACGGGGACGCCGGGCCCGUCAUCUGGGUCCACCAGGCCUUCUCCGUCGCCGCCGCCAUCAUCCUGGUACUCGACAUGUUUCACCGCGACCCCGACAGCGAUGUCGAGGUCCCCGAGCACAGACGUCUAGUGGAGGACGUCAUCAGGAUCCUCAGGACGUGUCGCAACAGCUCGGUCGCCGUGAGGGGCGUCAGACUGCUGUGCCGUCUGCUCGAGGAAACGGCUAGAGUCGGUGGCAGCGGUGGCAGCGGUGGCUGUAGUGGAGGAGGAGGAGGAGGAGGAGCUCGAAAGAAGCGCAAGGCAGAUGAUUGUGGUGGUGGACAGGGCCCAGCAGCAGCAGCUCACAAGAGACGUCGAGGGUUCGACGUCGACGCCUUUGUCAAGUCUUUCUGCCGAGAGCAGGAGCAGGAAGAGCAGGCCGGGACAGCUCCGCAGGCGCAGGGGACACCGACGGCCAUGAUGGAGCAGCCAUCGCUGACGACGGCACUCAUGCAGUCGUCGAUGCCGACCGAUACCUUUCCUGACGUGGACUGUUUCGACUCGAGUGGGAGUGUUGAGAAUCUGCUGUAUCUCGCCAAUCACGAUGUUUUCUCAUUUUGA